AUGAUCACUGCUCUUGCUUGGAUUCCACGUGGUGUUACUCCAGCACGUUUGCAGCGUGCAGAUGACGACGAAGAGAUGGUUAACAAAUAUCUUGCUGUAAUUGAAGGCGAUCAAAAGCCAAAGCAAGAGGAUGAACAUCCAAUUUCAGCAGAAGAUGCUGAAAUUAUUGCUAAAUACGACUUAGAUCAUUACGAUGAUGAGCCAGUCAAGACAAAUGAAGACUUUGGCAUUGUCGAGAAUGAUCCUUAUUUCGUACAAAAAUCAAAACAAGAGGAAGAAGAUGCUGAAGACAUCAUCAAACCAACAGACUAUCUUAUCUGCAUUGGUAAAUCCAUUGAACCAGAUUCAAGCCUUGAAGUUCAUAUUUUCGACGAUACAGAAAAAGCAUUUUAUCCACAUCACGAAAUUAUGAUUCCAUCAUUCCCACUUUCCAUUUGCUGGAUGGAUGGUGCUCCAGGCAAUAACGAAAAAGGCUCCUUCUGCGCUGUAUCUACAAUGCUUCAUCACAUCGAGAUCUGGAAUAUGAACAUUCUCGAAAGUACUAUUCCAUGUGCAUGGCUUCAGCAUCAUCAUGAUGCUGUUCCAACCCUCUCAUGGAACCCUCUCCAACCACGCGCAUUACUUUCCGCCUCCAUUGAUGGCACAGCCGCCAUCUGGCACCUUGACGCGCUCAGGACGGCUGCUGUCUUCAACUUAGGACAGCCACGUGCCGAGGGAACACCAUACUCCCAAGGCAAAUCAGCCGAGUGGAACCCGAAGCAGCGUUCUAUCUUCGGUGUCGGUACAAACGAAGGUGUCUUCGGAUACGAUGCUCGCAGUGGCUUAACAUGGUCAAGCCUCGAUGGCGAGAGCAUAGACACAUUCUCAUGGCUGAACGAUGGAUACCAAUUUUUAUCUUCCACAGAAGAAGGCAAAGUUUUCUGGUACGAUUCAAGAGAUCCAUCUAAGCCUGUUCAAGUCCUUGAGAACCACAAUGGCUCUGUCACAGGCAUCGCUGUUUCAAGAUACCAGCCAAGAACAAUCGUCGCUACAACAGAUAUCAAAGGUUCAGCAAUGAUUUGGGAUUUGACAAGUGGAACAGCCGUUCUCAACCAGAGAGCAAAUAUGGGAAUUGGCGAAUUGUUCGGCUGCCAGUUCUGUCCAGAUAAACCACUCCUGCUCGCUAUCGGUGGUUCUUCUGCUGAAACAGCAAUCUGGGAUGUUGAGGAGGAUCUCGACCAGGAUAUCGACCCAGAUGCGGACAGACCAAAGGGACAAUUAGCUCAGGAGGAUGAAGAAGAUGAUGAUGAGUAA